UGGCCCCGCCGCCCUCCGCGGGCCGCCCUCCGGGCCCCGCGCGCAUCGGCUACUACGAGAUCGAGCGCACCAUCGGCAAGGGCAACUUCGCCGUCGUCAAGCUGGCCACGCACCUCGUCACUCGCGUCAAGGUGGCAAUAAAGAUCAUUGACAAGACUCAGCUGGAUGAGGAGAACCUCAAGAAGAUCUUUCGGGAAGUGCAGAUUAUGAAGAUGCUGUGCCACCCGCAUAUCAUCAGAUUGUAUCAGGUCAUGGAGACGGAGCGAAUGAUUUAUCUGGUAACGGAGUAUGCAAGCGGAGGGGAGAUCUUUGAUCACCUGGUGGCUCACGGACGAAUGGCCGAAAAGGAGGCUCGGAAGAAGUUUAAGCAGAUAGUAGCAGCUGUGCACUUCUGCCACUGUCACCAUAUUGUCCACAGAGACCUGAAGGCUGAGAAUUUGCUUCUGGAUGCAAAUCUGAACAUCAAAAUAGCAGAUUUUGGAUUCAGUAACAUCUUCACUCCUGGUCAGCUACUGAAGACCUGGUGUGGAAGUCCCCCUUACGCGGCCCCUGAACUUUUCGAAGGGAAGGAGUAUGACGGGCCGAAAGUGGACAUCUGGAGCCUCGGGGUGGUGCUCUAUGUGCUGGUGUGCGGGGCCCUGCCCUUCGAUGGCAGCACGCUGCAGAACCUGCGGGCGAGGGUGCUGAGCGGGAAGUUUCGCAUCCCAUUCUUCAUGUCAACAGAGUGUGAACACUUGAUCCGCCACAUGCUGGUGCUGGAGCCGAGCAAGCGGCUCUCCAUGGAGCAGAUCUGCAAGCACAAGUGGAUGAAGCUGGGGGAGGCCGACCCCGACUUUGGCACAUUGAUAGCAGAAUGUCAGCAGCUGAAAGCCGAGAGGCAGCUGGAGCCCCUGAACGAGGAGGUGCUGCUGGCCAUGGCGGAGAUGGGGCUGGACAAGGAGCGCAUCCUGCAGUCACUGAGGACCGAGGCCUACGACCACUACAGUGCAAUCUACAGCCUGCUCUGCGAUCGCCAGAAGAGGCAUAAAACCCUGCGCACGUCAGCCCUGCCCAGCCUGCCCCGGACUCUGGCCUUUCCGGCACCUGCCAGUCUCCAGACGGAACCUGCUGGCAACCCAGUGAGCCUCAGCGUCCCCCAAGUGCAGCUCAUCAACCCCGACAACCAGAUAGUGGAGGCGGAUGGCACCAUGAACCUGGACAGCGACGAAGGAGAGGAGCCCUCGCCCGAAGCCCUGGUCCGCUACCUCUCCAUGCGCAGGCACACUGUCGGGGUGGCUGAUCCUCGCACGGAGGUGAUGGAGGACCUGCAGAAGCUGCUCCCGGGCUUCCCGCGAAUCGCCCCCCAGGGCCCCUUCCUGCAGGUGGCCCCCAAUGUGAGCGUGGCAGCCAACCUGCUCCCCAUGCAGCACCUGCAGCCGACCGGCCAGUUGGAGUACAAGGAGCAGUCUCUGCUGCAGCCGCCAACGCUGCAGCUGCUCAACGGGAUGGGGCCGCUGGGCCGCAGGGCCUCCGACGGGGGAGCCAACAUCCAGCUGCACGCCCAGCAGCUCCUGAAGCGUCCCCGAGGCCCAUCUCCCCUCGUCACCAUGACACCCGCAGUGCCUGCUGUGACCCCCGUGGACGAGGAGAGCUCGGACGGGGAGCCGGACCAGGAAGCCGUGCAGAGAUACUUGGCCAAUAGGUCCAAGCGGCACACCCUGGCCAUGACCAACCCCACGGCGGAAAUCCCGCCCGAAUUGCAGAGGCAGCUCGGACAGCAGCCCUUCCGCUCCCGGGCCCCACACCUGGCGCCUGACCAGCACCGCUACGUCUACAAGGACUCGAACACGCUGCACCUCCCCACGGAGCGCUUCUCCCCAGUGCGCCGUUUCUCGGACGGGGCGGCCAGCAUCCAGGCCUUCAAGGCGCAGCUGGAGAAGAUGGGCAACCACAGCAGCAUCAAGCAGCUCCAGCAGGAGUGUGAGCAGCUGCAGAAGAUGUACGGGGGCCACCUGGACGAGCGGACGCGGGAGAAGACGCAGCAGCAGCACAUCUUGUACCAGCAGGAGCAGCACCACCAGAUCCUCCAGCAGCAGAUCCAGGACUGCAUCCGUCCGCCACAACCUUCCACCCCGCUGCAAGCGGCAAGUGAGAACCAGCCGGCUCUGCUCACUCACCAGCUCCAGAGAUUACAGAUCCAGCCCUCCAGCCCACCCCCCAGCCACCCCAGCAACCACCUCUUCAAGCAGACGGAGAGCAGCCCCCCGCCCGUCAGCAGCAGCCUGCUCCAGACCCACGGUGCAGCCUCCCAGAGCCCGUUCCAGGGGGGGACGCCGUCGCCUCCGCCUCCACACGGCAGCCUCUUCCAGCAGCCUGGGAACCGCUCCCCGCCCCCGAGCCUGGCCUUGCCCUGCCUGGGCCUGCCGCAGCCGGGGCAGCCCGUCCCCCUCCCCAUGCAGGAGCCUGGCGACCUCCUGGGCAGCAGCCUUCGGCAGGGCGGGCGGGGCUUGCCCCUGGCCCCCAGCGCUAGUCCACUGCAGAUGCACCACCGUGCCAGUCUGAUGGCCUCCCUGACCUACGGGCACCGGCCCCUCGCCAAGCAGCUCAGCACAGACGGUGCCGAGUCCUCCCACAGCAGGUACCCGUCCACCGCAGGCUACCCCCAGGCGCACCUGCACCCCCAGCUCUUCCCGGAGCCCCCCCGCGUCUCUCCGAGCAGCUUCGUCCCUGCGGCCCCCGGCCUGAAGGUGCCGCUGGUGGAGCAGUUCCCGGGCUUCCCGCCGAGCAGCCAGCAGCAGCAGCAGCAGCAGCAGCAGCACUACGCGGCCUCUGCCCUGCACCAGGCCCUGCUCUCCCCGACCCCCCCAGACUACAGCCGGCGGCAGCAAGUGGCCCCCAUCCUGCAGGGCCUGCUUUCCCCCCGCCACUCGCUGGCCGGCCACCCGGACCUGCGGCUGCCCCAGGUGGAGGUGGCCCAGCUGAUCAAGCGGCGGCAGCAGCACCACCAGCACCACCAGCACCAGCACCAGCAGCAGCAGCAGCAGCAGCAGCAGCAGCAGGAGUUCCAGCAGGAGCUCUUCCGGCAGAUGAGCCAGGGGGAGGCGGGACAGGGGCUGCCCUGCCUGGCCCAGAAACUCUCCGACCGGCCUCCCCUGGCUUUGCCUUACCAGAACGCUGACCCUUUCCAGCCCCACGCCGGCCCCCAGCCCCUCCUGAAAGUCAGGGGGCCGGACGGCGUCUCGCACGUCUCGGGGCCGGCGCGCGGAUACGCCCCCCUGCCUUCAGCCCUGAUGCACUCGGAGAGCAUGGAGGAGGAGGAGGAGGAGGAGGAGGCGGACUGCUUGUGCCAGGGGCCCCGGGACCCUUUCCCAGGCCACAAGACCAAAGGCUGCCCUGAGGCGCGGCUCCUCGUGAGCAUGGGGGACUCGGACUCUCUGUUUGGGCCGGCCAAGGGCGAGCCAGAGCUCGGAGCCCACCUGUACCGGCCCCAGGCCGUUUCCCCCUUCUGUCGGAGCGAAGUGCCCUGCUCAGAUCCCAUGGUCACCGGGGGCCAGGAGAGGGCCUCGCCCGGGCAGGUGGAGAUGGCCGAGGUGGAGGGGCUCACGGCGUACCCGGCGAGAAGGAUCCCUGGGGCGCACCCCAGGCCCCGGCCCCUGCAGAGGCACCACACCAUCCAGAACAGCGACGAUGCCUACGUGCAACUGGACCCUUUGCUGGGCAUGAGCCUGAUGGCCGGGAAAGCCCUUAGUUCCGCCCGGAUGGCCGACGCGGUUCUCAGCCAGACCCUCCCCGAGGGAGAGCGGAGGGGCUGUGGGGAGCAGCUGGAGGGCCAGGAGCAGCCCGGCUUGGGUGAGGGCAGCCCGCAUCUCAACGCCUCUUGCUACCCCUCCACCUGUGUCACCGACGUCCUGCUGAGCUACCGGCACCCGGAGCUUCCCUUCGGGGUGGAGCAAGCCGGGGUGUAGCAAGGCGACGGCAGCCGUUGGGCACCGCUCCGCAGUGAGAAAGUCCAUUUCACACCGACAGUAUCUUGCAGCCUUGCACCAAACAGCCAUCUUCGCGUUUCUCUGGGAAGGAAGGAAACCUCAUGGUGGUGGUGGUGGUGGCGGCGGCUCUUCCUCCUCCUCCUCCUCCUCCUCCUCCUCCUCCUCCUCCUCGUUGGUCCAAAAGUGCGCUUGUCCCUUUCGGAUGUUCUUCGUCAUUGCCAUAUCUGCCUGUGAUGCCAGCUGUUCCGGAAGCGCCAACCGCCCCUCCGGGGGCUGCCGAGAUGGACUGACCACCCCCACGAGGGCAGCCGGCGCCUCCCUGGCCUCGCUGGAGCCAGCAAUAAGCCGACUGUGGGACGGGGCCUUUCCAGGGACUGAGGAGGGGCCGG